GAUUAGGAUCAUUAGAUCUAGAUCUAGUAGCUUUUUUUUUUUUUUUAACACAAAACAACUUCAUGUAGAAAUAAAUCUAAUCUAAAAUUAUAUUUUCCAUGUAGAUCUGUUAAGUCUGGUCACAUUGAUCCAAAUUUUAAUGCAAAUGGAGCAUACGAUAGAGUUGCCCCAUAUUGGUCCAAGCAAAGGGAAAUUGACAGAAGAUCCAAUCAGAUUUCUUCCUGCUUUGCCUUCCAAGAGAGCAAAACCUGCAUGGAGUAUUAAUCCACCAAAUUUUAUAUUGUCAUCUCAAAAUGAUAAUCAAUCUUCAGACCCCAUUGAUAUUUUUGGUGAACAAACAGGAGAAGUACGGAGAUCCAGAAAACAGCCACUGCGCCUUAAGCCUUUGGACACUAGUCAGAAAAAUGGUGACAUUGAUUCAUUUAAACAACCCAAAAAAGAUAGGGAACAUUUCAGAAAAGCAUUGGUGGAAAUUAUUAUGGAAGAACAAGGAGCAUUACCAAAGACAUUGAUGGAACUGGCAGAGAAUGGGGAAGUUCCAGAAGUACCUCUAGCACAUUCCCCAACACCUCCUGAAAAAGAUAUUCUUCGCUACUAUUACUACAUAAAUCAUGGCAUCGACACUGAACAUGUAGCCCCUAUGGAUGACAAAUGGCUGGAAAAUGUUCUAAGCCUUAUUUCAGAAGAUCUGAAGAAAGAUCAUGGCAGCACCAUUGAAAACUUGUCUGAUGAAAUGAGAGAAGACUAUCUCUUAAGUGUCAAGAAAGCCAUUGUUGACUUUGUGCUAAAAGACCCAAGACAGCUUGAUGAAGAGAAGAAAGAGAAGCUUCCACCACAUAGAGAAGAAAUGGCAAUUCUACCAAAACCAUGGCACAAAUCUUAUCUCUCUUCACUUGAAUUUAUUAGUGAACACUUGCACAAUACUAACCAGUGCAUGAUGCAAGUCUUGGAUCUAUGGCAUGUCAGCUUUAGUAAACUUAGAUUCAUUGAUAUUGAAGAGUUUCACUCAAGAGAAGAAUCCAUGGAGCUACAAGCUUUUAAGAAUCUCUGUAUGAGACAUGUUGAGGCAGCUAAGGACAAACUAUUGAAAAACUGGCUUUUAGAUGUUCAGGGUAUAUUUUACCAAGGCAACAAGAGGAAACAGGUACCCAGCAAUGAGGACCAAGAGAAACUUGAAUCUUUUUUCAAUUGUGCAACCACCCUCAUGACCCAGAACCUACAAAACCUUACACUUGACUCUAUUAGUGACUACACAGAUUUGUUAGUGCAGCCUCCAACAUCUAUACGGGCCUAUGAACACUCAGGAUUUAUUCUUCGUCUCAUUCUUGAAGACUGUGAGAUCAAGUUUGAGCCCACCUUUAGUGACUUCCAAGUGGUUUUACUCAAUGUCUUUGAUGUUAUGAUAAAGGCAUCCAGGGAUCUGCCUCGCAUUGAGACCAAACUCUAUUCUGAAUGGAGUGGCAACAAGGCUAAAGCUUUACUGAAGCCAAUCAUUCUUGAUGAAAUUUUGGACGUCCACAAAGCAAAAGUCAGUGAUCUUAUCAUCAAAGAGAGUGUCAGGCCGACAGAACACAUACAAGUGUAUGAAAAAUACUCUGCACUCAUUAACAAACAGGCUGAUGAAGAUGUUAGCAAGUUUAUUGAGGAGCAGCACAGUUUUGAUGACUAUGCUAAAGAGCUGCUAAAAUACAGCAAACUUUGGGAUGAAAUUCUCUACAAUUCAAUUAAGGUUGUUAGGCUUGGAAUGUUUGAAGUCCACUGUGAUGAAUUGAUAAGAGCUCUGGCCAAGAGAGCAGAUGGCUUGAAAAAUAGACUUCUGGCUAAAAUGUGUGAGGACCAUCAAAAAGAAAACAAAAAGCUUGUGGACCAGUACAGAGAUAUAUCAGACAAGGCACUCUCCACCCCAGAGAACACAGAAAAACUGAUGGAGCAAAUGGCUUACAUCAACAAAUGUGAAUCUGAGACAAUCUUUCUGCUGGAGAAACAGCUGAUUCAGAGCAAAGAUAGGCUGACAUUUCUCAGUGACCAUGCCAACUUUUCUCCUACAGAGACUAGACUCAAUGCAGAGGUAUUCAAAUGGAACCAGAGGAUGCCUCUGGUCUUUGAAGAAUAUAAGCAACAGGCUAAUGAAAAGAAAAUGCAGUACGAAGAAGCUCUUAAGCUUCGACGUGAACGCUUUGUUGAAGAGCUGGAAGGCUAUGGCAAGCAAGUUGAUGAGUUCCAGACUUUUGGUGACAUGGCAGAGAUAAACCGUUAUUUGAAGAAAGCUCAGGGAUUGGAUAACAAGCUUCAGCUUGCCGCUGACAAGAUUGAUGCCUUCAACAAUGAAGAAGAGGCUUUUGGAUGGGACACCACAGCAUACCCACAAAGAAUGAACAUCAUUAACAACCUGAAACCCUAUUUGCAGCUGUAUGAGCUAACAGUGGACUUUACAACCAAACACAAAGACUGGAUGGAUGGACCCAUGGGUGGUGUCAACCCAGAUAUGGUUGACCAGGAAGUAGGAAACUUCUGGAGAUCAUUGUAUAAACUGGAGAAGACUUUUGAGAACAUACCAGCACCAAAGAAAAUAGCAUCAAAGGUGAAAUCCAAAGUAGAAGAAUUCAAGGAACACAUGCCUCUGAUCCAAACUCUCUUCAACCCUGGCCUCCGAGAGCGUCACUGGACCCAGAUAUCAGACAUUGUUGGCUACAACCUCCGCCCUGAUGACUCGUAUUGCCUGAGCAAGCUCAUUGAUAUGAACUUGGAUCCUUACGUUAGUAAGUUUGAGUCCAUAUCAGAGUCUGCCAGCAAGGAGUUCUCUCUGGAGAAAGCCAUGCAGACCAUGAAGAAGGAAUGGGCACCUUUUGAGUUUGUGGUCAUUCCUUAUCGUGAGACAGGCACAUCAAUCCUGUCUUCUAUAGAUGACAUUCAACAGCUUCUUGAUGAUCACAUUGUUAAGACACAAACUAUGCGUGGCUCACCCUUCAUCAAGCCUUUUGAGCAAGAAAUCAAAGAAUGGGAAGGCAAGCUGAUGCUUCUCCAGGACAUUCUAGAUGAAUGGCUCAAAGUCCAAGCCACAUGGCUCUACUUGGAACCCAUCUUUAGCUCUCCUGAUAUCAUGGCCCAAAUGCCAGAAGAAGGGAGACGAUUUGCUACUGUUGACAAAAACUGGAGAGACAUAAUGAAAUCUGUAAACAUAGACAAACAUGUGUUGGCUGUGCUCAAUAUUGAUAAGAUCUUGGAGAGGUUGAAGAAGUCCAAUGAACUGUUAGAACUCAUUCAGAAGGGUUUGAAUGAAUACCUCGAGAAGAAACGUUUAUACUUCCCCCGCUUCUUCUUCCUCUCUAAUGAUGAACUUCUGGAGAUUUUGUCUGAGACCAAAGAUCCAACACGAGUACAACCCCAUUUGAAGAAAUGUUUUGAGGGCAUUGCGACUCUCGAGUUCACAGAUGUCCUUGACAUUACUCACAUGAAAUCCAGUGAAGGUGAGGUGGUCCUACUGAAAGAUGUCAUCUCAACUUCCAAGGCUAGAGGUCAGGUGGAGAAAUGGCUGCUGGAGCUGGAGGCUGACAUGGUCAGCUCUUUACAUAAGGUAUGUGGGGAAUCUCUGACUGCCUACAACACUACUCUCAGAAAAGACUGGGUAAGAAACUGGCCAGGUCAAGCAGUACUGUGUGUGUCUCAGAAGUACUGGACUUCAUUUAUUCAUGAGGCAAUAAGAGAAGGUCACCACGCUUUGGCUGAUUAUCUCACUUUGAACAACUCUCAGAUUGACGAAGUUGUGGCCCUUGUUAGAGGUGAGCUGUCCAAGCAAAAUCGUGUCACAUUGCAGGCACUCAUUGUCCUUGAUGUCCAUGCCAGGGACGUACUGGCCACCCUAGUGGAUGACAAAGUCUCCAGUGAGCUGGACUUCAAAUGGCUCAGUCAGCUACGUUAUUACUGGGAGGACAACAACAUGGUGACCAGAAUGAUCAAUUCAAAAUUGCCAUAUGGCUAUGAAUAUCUGGGCAACUCUGGUCGUUUGGUCAUCACACCAUUGACAGACAGAUGUUACAGAACUCUUUUUGGAGCUCUUCACCUCCAUCUUGGUGGUGCCCCUGAAGGUCCUGCUGGUACAGGCAAAACAGAGACAACAAAAGAUUUGGCCAAAGCUGUGGCAAAACAGUGUGUGGUGUUCAAUUGCUCUGAUGGCUUGGACUAUAUUGCACUGGGCAAGUUUUUCAAGGGUCUUGCUUCAUGUGGAGCCUGGUCCUGUUUCGAUGAAUUCAACAGAAUUGACCUGGAAGUACUCUCAGUGGUUGCACAACAAAUCUUAACCAUUCAAAGAGGCAUUUUAGCUGGAUCUGAUACCUUAUUGUUUGAAGGAACUGAAAUUAAAUUAGAUCCAACCUGCUCUGUCUUUAUUACAAUGAAUCCUGGCUAUGCUGGCAGAUCAGAGUUACCAGAUAACCUAAAAGCUUUGUUCCGAACAGUCGCCAUGAUGGUUCCAGACUAUGCUCUCAUUGCAGAGAUCUCUCUCUACUCUUGUGGCUUUGUCAAUGCCAGGCCACUGUCUGUGAAGAUCGUAGCAGUUUAUCGUCUGUGCUCUGAGCAGCUCUCAUCACAACACCACUAUGACUACGGCAUGAGGGCUGUGAAGUCUGUGCUGACAGCUGCAGCCAAUCUCAAACUCAAAUAUCCAGAUGAAGAUGAGAACAUCUUGAUGUUGCGUUCCAUCAUUGAUGUCAACUUGCCUAAGUUCUUGAACCAUGACCUCCCACUGUUCCACGGCAUCACCUCUGAUCUGUUCCCUGGUGUAAAGCUCCCUGAACCUGACUAUGUUGACUUGAACAUUGCAGUCAAAGAGAACUGUGAGAGAGAAAACUUGCAGUGCACCAACUUUUUCUUGGAGAAGAUCCAACAGAUAUAUGAAAUGAUGAUUGUUCGUCAUGGCUUUAUGAUUGUUGGUGAGCCUUUGGGUGGAAAGACAAGUGCAUACAGAACUCUUGCCAUGGCUUUAGGAACACUCAAAGAAAAGGAUUUGAUGAAUGAAAAUAAGGUCCAGAUAACAGUGAUUAAUCCAAAGGCUAUAACUAUGGGACAGUUAUAUGGUCAGUUUGAUCCUGUUUCCCAUGAGUGGUCUGAUGGUGUUUUGGCUGUUUCUUACAGAGCAUUCGCAACAUCUACAUCUGAAGAUCGCAAGUGGCUGGUAUUUGAUGGCCCUGUAGAUGCUAUCUGGAUUGAGAACAUGAACACUGUCUUGGAUGACAACAAAAAACUCUGUCUCAUGAGUGGUGAGAUCAUUCAGUUAGCUCCAACCACUAACCUCAUCUUUGAACCAAUGGACUUGGAAGUCGCCUCUCCAGCCACAGUGUCUCGCUGUGGUAUGAUUUACAUGGAACCUCAGACUCUUGGUUGGCGACCUCUGGUGAAGUCUUGGAUGAAUCGUUUGCCCUCUACAUUGACAGAGGUCCACAAGAGUGUCUUGAAUGACAUGUUUGAAAGAUUUGUUGAUGCUGGACUCCAGUUGGUCCACAAAAGUGGAGUUAAGGAGUUAUCUCCUACUACAGACUCCAACUUGGUGGUGGCAUUGAUGAAUUUGAUAGACUGCCAGCUAGAUGAGUUCCAUGAUGAAGCUAAAGUUGCCCAACUGGAGGAAAGAGAAAUCAUUACUUGGUUGGAGAGUAUCUUUAUGUUUGCCUUGACCUGGUCAGUAGGUGGAAGCAGUGAUGACAAAGGUCGCUUGAAAUUUGAUAAGCUAGUCAGAGAACUUAGCUCAGGAGGCAUGACAGAAGAAACCAGAAAGUCCAUUGGCCUAGUGGACCUCAUAGAACCACCCUUGAAACCAUAUGUUAACCCACACCCACCUAAGGGCAAGAUCUAUGACUACAGAUUUGUGAAAGAGGGAUCUGGUAAAUGGGUCCCAUGGGCAGAAGAGAUCAGAGACAGCCCACCCAUUUCUAAAGAGGCCCUCUUCAAUGAGAUCAUUGUGCCCACCAUUGACACAGUCAGGUACAAUGCCCUGAUGGAAAUGAUGGUCCAACACAAUAAGCCCUGUCUGUUUGUAGGGCCAACAGGUACAGGCAAAAGCUGUUAUAUAACUGACUUCUUGCUGAACAGAUUGAACAAGGAAGUGUACAAACCAAACAUCAUCAACUUCUCCGCCCAGACCAGUGCCAACCAGACACAGAACAUGAUCAUGUCUAAACUUGACAGAAGAAGGAAGGGAGUCUUUGGACCACCACUUGGCAAAAAGGCUAUUGUAUUUGUGGAUGACCUGAACAUGCCGCUACAAGAAACCUAUGGAGCUCAACCACCAAUAGAAUUACUCCGGCAGUGGCUGGACCACUGGAACUGGUAUGACCUAAAAGACACAUCAGGCAUCAAGCUUAUAGACAUCCAGUUUAUGGGAGCCAUGGGACCACCAGGUGGAGGUCGCAAUCCCAUCACUCCAAGAUUCCUGCGCCACUUGAACACAGUGACAAUCAAUGAAUUUGAUGAUGACACAAUGAUAACAAUCUUCAAAAACAUCAUGGACUGGCACAUUAGUGCAAGAGGAUUCAGCAAUGAAUUCAAGCCUUGUGCUGAGCAAGUUGUGCAGGCUACUCUCCAGGUGUACAAAGAGGCUCUCCAGAACCUGCUGCCCACACCAACCAAGUCCCACUACCUAUUCAACCUGAGAGACUUCUCUCGUGUCAUCCAAGGUGUCCUUCUGUCCACUCCAGAUACUAUGGAGGAGCCAACAUCUAUGAAAAGACUUUGGGUCCAUGAGAUUUUCAGAGUAUACUAUGAUCGUCUAGUUGAUGACAGUGAUCGUGAUUGGCUGUUCAAAUCAACUAGAGAAAUUGUUAAGGACAAAUUGCGUGAAGAUUUUGAUCAUAUAUUCAGCCAUCUUGAUUCAGACAAUGAUGGAAAGGUGACAGAGGAUGAUCUGCGUUCACUGUUGUAUUGUGACUUUUCUGACCCUAAGUCUGACUCUCGUAGCUACACAGAGGUUAGAGACCUGGAAAACCUCCGACACAUAACUGAAGGCUACUUGGAGGAGUUUAACAACAUGAGCAGGAAACCUAUGAAUCUUGUACUCUUCAGGUUUGCUAUUGAGCAUGUCUCUAGAAUAGCUAGAAUAUUAAAACAACCCAGGAGUCAUGCACUCUUGGUGGGUGUAGGAGGCUCUGGGCGUCAGUCUCUGACCAGACUGGCCACUCACAUGGCAGAUUAUGACCUUUUCCAAGUAGAAAUUUCCAAGAGCUACACUUCAACUGAGUGGCGUGAAGACUUGAAGAGAAUUUUGCGCAAGUCUACUGAAACAGAGAACCAUGCCGUGUUUUUAUUCUCAGACACUCAAAUCAAACAGGAAUCUUUCCUUGAAGACAUCAACAAUCUCCUGAAUGCUGGUGAAGUGCCAAACCUUUACCCAACAGAUGAAAAAGCUGAAAUCUGUGAGAAAAUGAGAGUCAUUGACAGACAAAGGGACAAAACCAAGCAGACAGAUGGAUCUAUUGUGGCUCUAUUUAAUCUGUUUAUAUCUCGUGUGAGAGACCAGCUUCACAUUGUUUUGGCCAUGAGCCCCAUUGGUGAUGCCUUCCGCAAUCGUUUGAGGAAAUUCCCAUCUUUGGUGAACUGCUGUACCAUUGACUGGUUCCAGAGCUGGCCAGAAGAUGCCCUUCAGGCUGUGGCCUCACGUUUCUUGGAGGAGAUUGAGAUGGGAGAAGAGGAGAGAUCUGGAUGUAUAAAGAUGUGCAAACACUUUCACACUUCUACAAGAGAUGUGUCUGAUAAGUUUUUACUGGAGCUGGAGCGACACAACUAUGUGACUCCAACAUCUUACUUGGAGCUGAUUAGCACAUUCAAAACACUCCUGGACAAGAAGCGAGAAGAAGUGAUGAAACAGAAGAAAAGAUAUGAAGUUGGUUUGGAGAAGCUGGAGUCUGCCUCCUCCCAGGUGUCAGUCAUGCAGAAGGAACUGACAGACCUCCAGCCACAGCUUGUGGUGGCCUCUAAGGAAGUCUCAGAGAUCAUGGUUGUCAUUGAGACUGAAUCUGUGGAAGUGGCCAAAGUUGAGAAGGUUGUCAAAGCUGAUGAGGCUGUAGCCAAUGAACAGGCCAGAGCUGCCCAGGCCAUCAAAGAUGAAUGUGACUCAGACUUGGCUGAAGCUAUACCUGCACUGAAUGCUGCACUUGCCGCCCUGGACACCUUGACACAACAGGAUAUUACAAUUGUGAAGUCAAUGAAAUCUCCACCUUAUGGUGUGCGUCUGGUCAUGGAGAGUAUCUGUGUCCUUAAGGGAGUUAAGCCAGACAGAAUUCCAGAUCCAUCUGGUUCAGGCAAGAAAAUUGAAGACUACUGGGGCCCAUCCAAGAAACUGCUUGGAGACAUGAAAUUCCUAGAAAAUUUGCAUACCUUUGACAAGGACAAUAUAUCGGCAGCUUACAUGAAGACCAUCAGGACCAAGUUUAUCCCCAAUCCAGAUUUUGAUCCAGAUAAGAUCAAGGUGGCAAGUACUGCAUGUGAAGGUCUUUGCAAGUGGGUCAGGGCAAUGGAUGUUUAUGACAAAGUUGCUAAAGUUGUGGCACCAAAGAAAGAAUCUCUGAAGAAAGCAGAGGGGGAGCUGUCUGUUGCCAUGGCAUCACUGGAGAAGAAGAGAGCGUCACUUAGAGAAGUUCAGGAAAAACUCAACAAGCUACAACAAAAAUUGGAGGCCAAUAAGGCAAAGAAGGCAGAACUGGAGAAUGAAGUUGACCUCUGUACUAAGAAACUGGCUAGGGCAGAACAGCUAAUUGGUGGACUUGGUGGUGAAAAGGACAGGUGGAGUCAGGCUGCUAAAGAUCUUGGAAAGAAAUACAUCAAUUUGACUGGUGAUGUUCUGGUGUCUUCUGGGAUUGUUGCUUAUCUUGGGGCUUUCACCACAGCUUUCAGACAAGAGACAGCUCAUGAUUGGUUGAAAACAGUGCAAGAAAACAGUCUACCUUGCUCAAGUGACUUUAGUCUGAUCAACACCCUGGGUGAACCAGUGAAAAUUAGGGAAUGGAAUAUUGCAGGUCUUCCCACAGAUAACUUCUCUUUGGAAAAUGGCAUCAUUAUUAGCAAUGCUCGCCGCUGGCCACUAAUGAUUGACCCUCAAGGCCAGGCCAACAAGUGGGUGAAGAACAUGGAAAAGGCCAACAACCUGCAUGUCAUAAAAUUGAGUGAUGCAGACUUUGUGAGGACACUAGAAAACUGUAUACAGUUUGGAACCCCAGUUCUGUUGGAGAAUGUGGCUGAAGAGUUGGACCCUAUCCUGGAGUCUCUAUUGCUGAAACAAACUUUCAAGCAGGGGGGAAGUCUGUGCAUCAAGUUGGGAGACUCCACCAUUGAGUAUUCUAAUGACUUCAAGUUUUAUAUCACCACCAAGUUGAGAAAUCCACAUUACCUCCCUGAGACUGCAGUCAAGGUGACCUUGUUGAACUUUAUGAUUACCCCUGAAGGUUUGGAAGACCAGCUACUGGGCAUUGUUGUUGCCAAAGAGCGCCCAGAGCUGGAAGAGGAGAAGAACCAGCUUAUCCUACAGAGUGCAGCCAAUAAAAAGCAAUUAAAAGAGAUAGAAGAUAAAAUUCUAGAAGUUCUUUCUACAUCAGAAGGUAACAUUCUAGAAGAUGAAACAGCCAUCAAAGUUUUGUCAUCCUCAAAGAAACUUGCCAAUGAAAUUUCAGAAAAACAGGCAAUAGCUGAGGUUACAGAGAAGAAGAUUGACACAGCUCGUAUGGGUUACAAACCUAUUGCUGUUCACAGCACUAUUUUAUUUUUCUCCAUUGCUGACCUGGCCAACAUUGAGCCCAUGUACCAGUAUUCUCUCACCUGGUUCAUCAAUCUGUUCAUCCUAUCUAUUGAAAAUGCAGAGAAGUCUGAGGACCUGGCUCAACGCCUGCACCACCUCCAUGACCACUUCACCUACUCUCUGUACUGUAAUGUCUGCAGGUCCCUUUUUGAAAAAGACAAAUUACUGUUCUCCUUUCUCCUAUGUGUUAACAUCCAAAAACAUAACAAAGAAGUCAAUGAGGAAGAGUGGCGGUUCCUGCUGACUGGUGGCAUAGGCCUGGACAACCCACAUUCCAACCCAACUGCCUGGCUGCCAUCCAAGUCCUGGGAUGAGCUGUGCCGUCUGGAUGACCUUGAGAACUUCAAGGACAUUCGCAAAAAACUGAUGACCCAGAAAGAUCAGUGGAAGGUGCUCUACGACAGCCUGGAGCCUCAUCAUGAACCAUUGCCUGGAGACUGGAAUCAGAAACUUGGAUCUUUCCAGAGACUGCUUGUUCUACGAUGCUUCAGACCAGACAAGGUUAUCCCAGCUGUUCAAGAAUUUGUGACUGAAAAAAUUGGUAAAAGAUUCAUUGAGCCUCCACCCUUUGACCUUCCAAAAGCUUUUGGAGACAGUAAUUGCUGUGCUCCUUUGCUGUUUGUUCUCUCCCCUGGAGCUGACCCCAUGGCUGCCUUGUUGAAGUUUGCAGACGACCAAGGCUUUGGUGGAGCGAAAUUUGACUCCCUUUCACUUGGCCAAGGUCAAGGUCCAAUAGCUCUGAAAAUGAUAGAGAAAGGUGUUAAAGAAGGCACAUGGGUCAUGCUUCAGAACUGUCACCUUGCCUCAUCCUGGAUGCCGACUCUUGAGAAGAUUUGUGAAGAAUUCAACCCGGAAGCUACGCACCCUGAUUUCCGCUUAUGGCUGACAUCAUAUCCAUCAGACAAUUUCCCAGUCUCCAUCUUGCAAAAUGGUGUCAAAAUGACUAAUGAGCCACCUAGUGGGCUAAGGUUCAAUAUUAUCAAGUCAUACAUGAGUGAUCCCAUUUCAGAUCAAGAGUUUUUCAAUGGGUGCAAGCAACCGGCUAGGUUCAAGAAGAUGUUGUAUGGUUUAUGCUUUUUCCACGCUCUUGUACAAGAAAGGAGGAAAUUUGGUCCACUGGGAUGGAACAUUCCUUAUGAGUACAAUGAGACAGAUUUGCGUAUUAGCGUACAACAGCUGCAAAUGUUUCUCAAUGAGUAUGAUGAAGUCCAGUUUGAAGCUUUACGUUACUUAACUGGUGAGUGCAACUAUGGUGGACGUGUCACAGAUGACUGGGACAGGAGAACACUUCUGACCAUACUCAAUCAGUUCUAUUGUCCAGACAUUGUGGAGAAAGAUAAAUACCUCUUUGAUGACUCUGGCUUUUACUACAGCCCCCCUGAAGGAGAGUAUGAGUCCUACCUUGAGUACACCAGAAACCUGCCUCUCAACCCAUCUCCAGAGAUAUUUGGCAUGCACGCCAAUGCUGACAUCACCAAGGACCAGAAGGCCACACAGCUCCUCUUUGACAACAUCCUUCUGACGCAGGCUAAAGCAUCCAAGGGUGGUGGGAGAUCUACUGAUGACAUUGUGGAUGAUGUGGCCACUGACAUACUGGGAAAACUGCCACCAAACUUUGACACUGAUGCGGCCCUUAGGAAAUACCCAACUUCCUACAGUCAAAGCAUGAACACUGUACUGGUACAAGAGAUGGUGAGAUUCAACCGGUUACUGUCGACGGUAAGAACCAGCUUAACUAACAUCAAGAAGGCUAUCAAGGGUCUUGUGGUCAUGUCAGCUGACCUCGAGGAGGUUGUUCUGAGCAUUCUGAAAGGCAAAAUUCCAGGCAUGUGGAUGAAAAGGUCUUACCCUUCUCUGAAACCACUUGGAAGCUACGUCAAUGAUUUCAUUAGCAGACUCAAGUUCCUACAAGAUUGGUAUGACAAUGGACCCCCUACAGUUUUUUGGAUUUCCGGAUUUUUCUUCACCCAGGCUUUUCUUACAGGGGCCCAGCAAAACUAUGCAAGAAAGUUCACCAUUCCUAUAGAUCUUUUGGGAUAUGAUUAUGAUGUUUUGGAUGACAAAGAUUAUGAUACACCACCAGAAGAUGGUGUGUAUGUCAAGGGUCUAUAUGUAGAUGGAGCCAGGUGGGACCGGAAGAUCAAGAAACUGAACGAGUCCAUUUCUAAACAGUUAUUUGACACAAUGCCAACUAUGUGGCUGAAGCCUUGCAAACGUUCAGAUAUACCACAGACGCAGGCAUACAGAUGCCCAGUUUACAAGACCAGUGAGAGGAGAGGUACUUUGUCCACCACUGGUCACUCCACCAACUUUGUGAUUGGCAUGAUGAUUCCAUCAGACAAGUCCCAAGAGCACUGGGUCAAACGAGGUGUUGCACUGUUAUGUCAACUGGACGAUUAAAACCCUUUCAAAGAAUAUUUUAAGUUUCUGGUUUUCAUUAACACCAGUUUGAGAUUGAGAAAAACAUAUUUUAGAAAAAAAAAAAUUAGAUAGAAACAAAUAAAAAACCCAGCAAGUAACAGAUUUUAAUUGCAAGUAAAUCUCUAAAGCCAUUAAGAAAAAGUUUUGAUUCACAAAUGAAGAUUUUUAUGUAAUGGUAUUAUAUUUGAUAUCAUUGAAUUAUAAUGGCACAUUUGUAUUUGUUAUGUAUCUAAAUUAUAUUGAAAGGUUUAUUUACCAAAAUUAAAAUUUUGUAGUAACAUUCACUUCUGCUGUAACUAUUGUUAAAUGUUUUAAUAUGCCUGUGAUAUUUAAUGUAAAAAUAUAACUUCAUAAGUUUUAAAUAUCAGAACUGCAUAAUCAUAAUGUACAUUAUUGUGGAUAGUAUUCAAACAUAUGUAGACCCUACUUAUAUACAUGCAAGUUUAUUGAAACCAUAAAGAUUUAACUCUUUUAAGUAUUUUAAAGAAGGUCAAAUUGAUUAAAUACUUUCUAUAGUCUUUAUUACAUUUUUUGUUUAGAUCUACUAAUGCUCCAUCAAACUUAGCUGGAACCUUUUUUUUUGUUAAAAUCAUUUCAAUUCUUCCAGAUGUCGUAAAUCAUUAAGCCGACAUAUCAUGACCAUGUCUUUAGAAAAUGUUGUCUAAGUAAUUAAGUACAGUUUUUGUUUGUGAUAUUGUUUAUAUAAUAAUGCUUCUCAGUUGUUUAUAAUUUAAAAAUCUGGUAUAAAAAAAAAUUAUUUCCUCUUCAAUAAAUAAAAUAUAUAAUAAAAAAAUGAAAUAUAUUUAGUCAUAAUUUUGUUAAAGAUUUUUAUUUCAAAAUGUAUGAUUGUAAUGGUCACUAUUUAUUGACUAAUAGCAUUAUUAUUAGGAUAUUUUUUAUGUAUAUAAUUGUAUCAAUCGCUGUAGCAGACAUAUGAAUUGUCGAUUUUUGUUGGACUAUAUCACAUCUUACUGCUUUUUUUUUACUGCAAACUUUUUUUUAUGUCAAAAAUUUGAUGAAUGCCUUAACAUCUUGCUGUGAUGUUAAAAUAAUAUUGUGGUCACAAUAAAGUUGAAACAAAUUUUGAGAAAUA